AUGAAUUCCUUCGCAACUAUCCUGCAGCCCGCAGCCCGCAAAGGGCCUCGGUAUUCAAUACGACCAUUCUGCGCCACCAUAAUCGUAUUGACAGUCCUUACCACUCUCAGCUGGGUAUUGCAUACGAGGAAUGGACGGAUAGUCGCGGGUGCGACCAACUCGUUAUUGACUAAACGGGAGAACGAGCCGCAGUGCCGUCUUGUCCGCAACGCUGAAGACCAAUGUACCUUCGUUCGUGAGAACUGCCCCGACCACGAAGAUGGCCUGAUUUCUUACCUCCAACUCUACUACUGCUCCCUCGCCGAUGCGAAGCCGUUCGCCUUUAUCAUCUUAAUCCUAUGGCUAUCUCUUUUAUUCAGCACCAUUGGAAUUGCGGCUAGUGACUUCUUAUGCAUUGACCUAAGUACGCUAGCAAGCAUCUUGGGGUUGAGUGAAAGCCUGACGGGUGUGACGUUCCUGGCCUUCGGAAAUGGAAGCCCAGAUGUAUUCUCUACAUUUGCGGCCAUGCGGUCUAAUAGCGGGAGCUUGGCUAUUGGAGAGCUGAUCGGUGCAGCAAGUUUCAUCACUUCAGUUGUUGCCGGUUCCAUGGCCUUGGUUCGGCCGUUCAAAGUUGCGCGACGCAGCUUUGUCCGGGACGUGGGCUACUUUAUCGUAGCUGUUAGCUUUAGUAUGGUUCUUUUAGCCGAUGGGCAUCUUCAUGCAUGGGAGUCAGCGGCAAUGGUCGGGCUUUAUGUGUUUUAUGUCGUGAUGGUAGUCGGGUGGCACUGGUUCCUUGUCCGGCGUCGCCGGAAGUAUGAGAGGGACCUCGCUGCAAGAACGCACUUCCACAUCCCAGACAAUCAAGAGCUGGAAGUUGGACCGCCCGUCGAGGAUGAUGACCCCGGGGUAGCCUCGGAGUCACGAAGCUUGCUCCUUGGGGCGUCGACUGACGAUUUUGAUGUGCUGGAACGCGCUGACGGGAUGGCAGCUUGGAAGCAGGAUGAGGAGGAAGAUGAUGAAACCCGAAACAGAUACCUUGCUGAGAUUCGCGACAAUAUGCACGUUCGCCGGCCUCCCAAUCAUUCCAGGCGGAACACUAUGAAUCCCAUUCGGCCCAGUCUGGUUGGGGCUCUGGAAUUCCAGUCUGUGCUCCAUUCACUCGAGAAGGCUCGAAGCACCAGUCACAAACCCACCAUUAGUCUGAGUAGCUACUCAGAUGAUGGAAACAAUAAUCAGCCUUUUGACACGCGCUCCAUCGCAUCGCACCCGCGUGCGAGCAGACCUGCGACAGACGACCGCUUGACACCGUCAAGCGCGGCAUCUCGAACCAGAGCUGUAUCGGCGAAUGAUGCAGAACGACUCAAAUUAGAUACAACGUUACUAGGCAUGCGGUCAGAACAGGCACCCCGUCUGACUGUGAGCCGACCUUCGAAUGAAGGGGGUAAAGGCCUGGCUCUGCCUCGUAUCGACACCGAUGUGAUGUUGACCGCAUCUCCAUCAUCCUCGGAGUUCCCGUCAGCAAACCUGAGCCCCGUGGCUCCACAAACGCCAAAUUUACUAGCCCCUCCAGGGUCGUUCAAUUCUCCGAACUAUAACACAGGUACUACUCAUGGGAGGUCUCCAGCCGCAGUGUCCCCCAAGGGUACAUGGAACAGCAUGCAAACCGGGCCCGAAAGUCCUGCGGUUCCAUUUCCCUCAUAUGUAGAUGAGCCAUCUGGUCCCUCGUCUCGCCCACCCAGCAGUCGUCUCCCGAAUCCUGCUUCUCUCCCCUCGGAGGCUCUCCUUUUUCAUGACGGUCUUGAUGAUAUUGAUCAUGACAAAGCGGCAUUCCGGAAUCCUUUCAAGCGGCUCUGGCCAUACUCUAUAUUCCCACCUCCUCAUCAGGUCGGCCGCACGCUCUUUCCCACGCUGGCAGGCUGGAAGUCAAAGGGCUUUAUUGGAAGAUCGAUUGGAAUUGUUGCCGCGCCAAGUGUGUUUUUUCUUACACUGACGAUCCCAGUGGUUGAGCCGCAAAAUUCCGAAUCUGCCGAACCGGAUCCAAUUCCGUCCGUCGUCAUCGAGCAACCCGAUGAUGAAGGUCAUAAUGCUCCGCCUGUGAGACUACCAGCCGAUAGCCCUGUCAUCACACCCCAGGGGCCUGAACAAGAGCAUGACUACCAGCUCUCACUGCCACAUCCCCAUAGGGGAGAAAGCACUCGCCCCCGUUGGGACUCGGAGCUUCCUGCAUUGGUACCCGAGGUCUCAGACGAUUCAUGCUUGCCGGCUAAAGACUGGAAUCGCUGGCUUGUUGGUAUUCAGCUGUUCACUGGUCCAUUCUUCUUUGUUCUCAUUGCCUGGACCGCCGUUGAUGAGGAUAAUGAUCCUCUCAACCUUCUCUUACCAUCCCUACUUUCUCUUCUUUUCUCCCUGGUGUGUCUUUCUUUCCUCAUUAUAUCAACCCGGCAUCGACCCUGGCACCAGCGGAGAAACCUCGAUCAUGAUUCACAAACAUCGGAAAGACCCAUCCGGUUUCUUUCCACCUCAUGGCGUUCUUUCCUCUCUCUUCUCGGAUUUCUUGUUGCGAUAUCUUGGAUCGCGACCAUUGCCACCGAAGUGGUGUCUGUUCUCAAGACGAUCGGAGUCAUUCUCAACAUAUCAGACUCCCUCCUUGGGCUCACGGUAUUUGCUGUGGGUAACUCGCUGGGUGAUCUCGUCGCCGAUAUUACUGUUGCCCGACUGGGAUAUCCUGUCAUGGCAUUGAGCGCUUGUUUUGGUGGCCCUAUGCUCAAUAUCCUCCUCGGAAUCGGGCUAGGUGGUUUAUACAUGAGUCUCAACGGAGGUAAGGGGCGAGGGCGUGAUGAGAUGCUCAGCGGACUGGCUGUAUCGGCCGAACGAGCAGCCUACAAGAUCACCAUUUCCAAGGUUCUGGUCAUUAGCGGUGCUACUUUGUUGAUGGUGUUGGUUGGCUUAUUGAUUGUCGUCCCUUUGAAUCACUGGAAGAUGGAUCGUACCAUUGGAUAUGGUUUGAUUGUGGUGUGGUGUUUGAGCACAGUGGGGAAUGUGAUUGCCGAACUUACCUCAUGA